AUGCAGGACACACCGUGCAACUACAAACAAGCUGCUCAGGUUCCGCACUGGCAGAAGGCCAUGCUCGAAGAAUUUCAGGCUCUAAAGAAACAAGGCACCUGGAUCCUUGUACCUCCUCCGCUCAACAAACCAAUUCUUGGCUGCAAAUGGACUUACAAAAAGAAAGUCUUACCCGAUGGGAAUGACACACCAACUAUUCAAAAACUGCUCAAGGAACUCCGAACCAACUUUGCAUUAAAGCAGCUUGGCGCCAUUUCACUGUUCCUAGGCAUCCAAACAAUAAAGCAAGCAGAUGGGCUCUUCCUAACUCAACAACAUUAUGCUGAAAAGCUUCUACGGGACUCCAAUCUUACCGAAAGCAAACCUGCUCCUACGCCAAGCCCACUCAAAACAAAACAGCCACCGCCGGACCUACAACCAUUCUCUGAUCCUACAACCUAUCGUCGCAUUGCCGGAUCUCUACAAUACCUCUCCAUCACUCGUCCCGACAUCGCCUUCGCCACGAACCAAAUCUGUCAACACAUGAACCAACCGACCAACUCUGACUAUCAAGCUCUCAAAAGGCUUCUUCGCUACAUCAAAGACACGAUCACUUACAGCCUUCCGAUCAAACCCGGUGAUCUCACUCUCCAGUCAUUUACAGAUGCCGAUUGA